AUGGCAAUGAAUCGAUCGUUCAAAUUGAAUUCGGGUUACAGCAUCCCAGCUGUUGGACUAGGAACAUGGCAAUCAGGCCCGAACGAAGUCAAAGAAGCGGUUGCAGCGGCACUCAAAAUUGGGUAUCGGCAUAUCGAUGCAGCAGCAGUGUAUGGGAAUGAAUUUGAAGUGGGAGAGGGAAUAAAAGCUUCAGGGGUUGACCGAAAGGAUAUUUUUAUCACGGGAAAACUCUGGAACACGGAUCAUAAACCUGAAGAUGUUGAAGCUGCUCUUGAUGUGACUUUGAAGGAUCUCCAAACCGAUUAUCUCGACUUGUAUUUGAUCCACUGGCCUGUUGCGUUUCCAAAAUCUUCUGAAAGGUUUCCAGUAGAUCCAGUCACGGAGCAGAUUUCAGUGAUCGAUGUACCAGUCGCAGAAACAUGGAAAGCAAUGGAGGAACUUGUGAAGAAAGGCAAAGUACGAAGUAUUGGUGUCAGUAAUUUCACUCAGGCGAAGAUUGAAUCUCUUCUUACAACAGCGGAAAUCCCACCAGCAGUUAAUCAAAUUGAGGCACAUGCGUACUUACAACAACCUAAACUGCUGGAAUGGUCAAAGAAGGAGAACAUUGUAGUAGCAGCGUACAGUCCGUUGGGAAACAACAUCUACAACCUUCCAAGAGCUGUAGAUGAUCCGACAAUCAUUAAUCUAGCAAAAGAUAUGGACAAGCAGCCUGCUCAACUGCUCAUCAGCUGGGCCAUUCAGCGAGGUACUGUCGUUCUUCCGAAGAGUGUCACUCCUUCUCGGAUAGCAAACAACUUCCAAGAUUUUCAACUACCUCAAGAGGUGUUUGAGAAAAUCACAGCCUUGGAUAGGCAUCAUCGUUAUAAUUUCCCAGCCCGUUUAGGUGUUGAUAUUUUCGGAGAGGUCAGCGAGGAGAGUUUGAAGAAAAGUGUUGAAGACUGGAAGGUAGCUCAAAGAAAAUUGAAAGCGGCUUCAUAA